UAUAUCCCCGCGCGCACACGGGGACAGACCGGAGCAGUAACGCCCCUGAGUGCAACGAAUCCCGCAGACACAGCUCUCGCCCUCCGCUCCGCACCCCCAGAUCCGAGCGCGGCAGACGCGGCAACACGCUGGAGCCGGACGCGCAGGACAUGCCCCAGCGUCGGAAAGAGGCUCGGAAAAAGCGCACGCGGAUAGUGAAGAGGUGAGGUGGCUGCAGAUCUGAACGGAACCGUUCACAGAGAAUGUGCAGAGCCAUGAAGCGCACUGGUGCAGAGCGGAAGCGCAGCGAAGCGGAGCGGAAGCGCUGGUUCCCCGGUAAAGGUCGCGGUAAUGCCGUGAAGAGCGCUCGCAGGUGGACUCCGUGCGUCCCGCGGCGGCCUGUGUCCCUGCGGCCCGUGAACAUGCACGGGCAGCGGGCUAAAGGCAUGCGCGCGCCCGAGAACACAAACCAGUUCCUGAUGACAGAGAAGUAUCGUCUGCAGGCGAUGCGCUCCGACUCCGUGGACAGCGGAUCGGAUGCGAGCAGCGACGCGGAGCUCACUGACAUGGACUCCUAUCUGGGCGCGUGGGAAAACGCGCACGGAGCGCUCCUGGACCCGGAGAGCGCGGAAGACGCACCGGAGGACGCACCAGGAACCGCGGGGACGGUGCUGUUCUGGGACAUGAACGAAGAUAGUGCGCAGUACUUUCCGUCCGAAGACGACCUCAACCUGAGCGACAACUUCAUGCACCGAGACUUCGCCGAGUUUUGUCGAAAGGUGACUGCGUAACCGCACCGUCAUUACGUUCUUCUAAACUGUUCUCACGUUAUGCACAUGAGAGGUGCUUUAAAUA